AUGAAGCUGGACGCUGCGCCAAGGCAGAGGAGCCAAGAAGCAGAGCAGAAGCAGGGCAUCGUCGCCAUUGAGGUUGAGCUACGGAAGAACCACCCCAGAGAGCUCACCUGCUCCGUGGGCUGCGAGGAGGAGUCGCCGCUGGUGCCGCCGCUCAACUUCGCCAUGGUCGACGACGGCAUCUUCCGCUCGGGGUUUCCCGGCGCCGCCAACUUCCGGUUCCUAGGAUCCCUCAACCUGCGCUCCAUCGUGUACCUGUGCCCGGAGCCGUACCCGGAGGAGAACGCGCGGUUCCUCGGGCGCAGCGGGAUCAAGCUCCACCAGUUCGGAAUCCAAGGGCGCAAGACAUAUCUGAAACGUGUCCUGUUGAUGCAGGAACCCUUCGUCGGCAUCCCUGAAGAAACAAUCCGAGACGCGCUCAAAGUCAUCCUUGACGUAAGAAACCACCCGGUGCUCAUUCACUGCAAGAGAGGCAAGCAUCGGACCGGAUGCUUGGUGGGGUGUCUGAGGAAACUGCAGCGGUGGCGCCUGUCCUCGGUCUUCGACGAGUACCUGCAUUUCGCGGCGGCGAAGGCGAGGAAAACGGAUCAGAGGUUCAUGGAGCUCUUCGACACGUCGAGCCUGGUGCAUCUGUCGGCCUAG